CCCAGCUCCCUCCCUGCCCGUCCGCGCCCCCCACCUGUGCCAGUCCCCAGGAUGGGUGCCCUGAGCACGUGCCGGACGCUGGUGUUGGCUCUGGCGGCCGUGCUCCUGGUGCAGCAGGCAGAGACCCAGGGCCCUGCGGAGCCGAGCUGGGGCAGUGCAGGGCACACCACAGAUGGCGGUGCCCCGACGUCCUCGCCCACCCGGCGUGUGAGCUUUGUUCCACCCGUCACUGUCUUCCCCAGCCUGAGCCCCCUGAACCCGGCACACAACGGGCGGGUGUGCAGCACCUGGGGCGACUUCCACUACAAGACCUUCGACGGUGACGUCUUCCGCUUCCCCGGCCUCUGCAACUACGUGUUCUCCAAGCACUGCGGCGCCGCCUAUGAGGACUUCAACGUCCAGCUACGCAGAGGCCUGGUGGGCUCCAGGCCUGUGGUCACUCGUGUUGUCAUCAAGGCCCAGGGGCUGGUGCUAGAGGCGUCCAAUGGCUCUGUCCUCGUCAAUGGGCAGCGGGAGGAGCUGCCUUACAGCCGCACUGGGCUCCUGGUGGAGCAGAGCGGGGACUACGUCAAGGUCAGCAUCCGGCUGGUCCUGACCUUCCUGUGGAACGGAGAGGACAGUGCCCUGCUGGAGCUGGACCCCAAAUACGCCAACCAGACCUGUGGCCUGUGCGGGGACUUCAACGGCCUCCCAGUCUUCAACGAGUUCUAUGCCCACAAUGCCAGACUGACCCCGCUCCAGUUUGGGAACCUGCAGAAGUUGGAUGGGCCCACGGAGCAGUGCCCGGACCCGCUGCCCUUGCUGGCCAGCAACUGCACAGAUGAGGAAGGCAUUUGCCACCACACCCUGCUGGGGCCGGCCUUUGCAGAGUGCCACGCACUGGUGGACAGCGCCCCGUACCUGGCUGCCUGCGCCCAGGACCUGUGCCGCUGCCCCACCUGCCCGUGCGCCACCUUUGUGGAAUACUCACGCCAGUGCGCCCACGCGGGGGGCCAGCCGCAGAACUGGAGGCACCCUGAGCUCUGCCCCCGGACCUGCCCCGUCAACAUGCAGCACCGGGAGUGUGGCUCACCCUGUGUGGACACCUGCUCCAACCCCCAGCGUGCGCAGCUCUGCGAGGACCACUGUGUGGACGGCUGCUUCUGCCCCCCAGGCACGGUGCUGGAUGAUGUCACGCACUCUGGCUGCCUGCCCCUCGGGCAGUGCCCCUGCACCCACGGUGGCCGCACCUACAGCCCGGGCACCUCCGUCAACACCACCUGCAGCUCCUGCACCUGCUCUGGGGGGCUGUGGCAGUGCCAGGACCUGCCGUGCCCUGGCACCUGCUCCGUGCAGGGCGGGGCCCACAUCACCACCUAUGACGAGAAACUUUACGACCUGCAUGGCGACUGCAGCUAUGUUCUGUCCAAGAAAUGUGCUGAUGGCAGCUUCACCGUGCUGGCCGAACUGCGGAAGUGUGGACUGACGGACAACGAGAACUGCCUGAAGGCCGUGACGCUCAGCCUGGACGGCGGGGACACGGCCAUCCGGGUCCAGGCAGACGGCAGCGUGUUCCUCAACUCCAUCUACACGCAGCUGCCCCUGUCGGCAGCCAACAUCACCCUGUUCACACCCUCGAGCUUCUUCAUCGUGGUGCACACAGUCCUCGGGCUGCAGCUGCUGGUGCAGCUGGUGCCGCUCAUGCAGGUGUUUGUCAGGCUGGACCCCGCCCACCAGGGCCAGAUGUGCGGCCUGUGUGGGAACUUCAACCAGAACCAGGCUGACGACUUCGCAGCCCUCAGCGGGGUGGUGGAGGCCACAGGCGCAGCCUUCGCCAACACCUGGAAGGCCCAGGCCGCCUGCGCCAAUGCCAGGAACAGCUUUGAGGACCCCUGCUCCCUCAGUGUGGAGAAUGAGAACUACGCCCGGCACUGGUGUUCACGCCUGACUGACCCCACCGGCUCCUUCUCGCGCUGCCACUCUGUCAUCAACCCCAAGCCCUUCCACUCGAACUGCCUGUUUGACACCUGCAACUGUGAGCGGAGCGAGGACUGCCUGUGCGCCGCGCUGUCCUCCUAUGUGCACGCCUGUGCCGCCAAAGGCGUGCAGCUCAGCGGCUGGAGGGACGGCGUCUGCACCAAGUACAUGCAGAACUGCCCCAAGUCCCAGCGCUAUGCCUACGUGGUGGACGCCUGCCAGCCGACUUGCCGAGGCCUGAGUGAGGCCGACGUCACCUGCAGCGUUUCCUUUGUGCCUGUGGACGGCUGCACCUGUCCCACGGGCACCUUCCUCAAUGACGCGGGCGCCUGUGUGCCCGCCCGGGAGUGCCCCUGCUAUGUUCACGGCACCGUGCUGGCUCCUGGGGAGGUCGUGCACGACGAAGGCGCUGUGUGUUCGUGUGAGGGUGGGAAGCUGAGCUGCCUGGGAGCCUCUCUGCAGAAAAGCACAGGGUGUGUGGCCCCCAUGGUGUACCUGAACUGCAGCAACAGCUCGGCGGGCACCCCUGGGGCCGAGUGCCUCCGGAGCUGCCACACGCUGGACGUGGGCUGUUUCAGCACACACUGCGUGUCCGGCUGUGUCUGUCCCCCGGGGCUGGUGUCAGACGGGAGUGGGGGCUGCAUCGCCGAGGAGGACUGCCCCUGCGUGCACAACGAGGCCACCUACAAGCCUGGAGACACCAUCAGGGUCGACUGCAACACCUGCACCUGCAGGAACCGGAGGUGGGAGUGCAGCCACCGGCUCUGCCUAGGCACCUGCGUGGCCUACGGGGAUGGCCACUUCAUCACCUUUGAUGGCGAGCGUUACAGCUUUGAAGGCAGUUGCGAGUACAUCCUGGCCCAGGACUACUGUGGGGACGACGCCACCCAUGGGACCUUCCGCAUCGUCACCGAGAACAUCCCCUGUGGGACCACCGGCACCACCUGCUCCAAGGCCAUCAAGCUCUUCGUGGAGAGCUACGAGCUGAUCCUCCAGGAGGGCGCCUUUAAGGCAGUGGCCAGGGGGCCGGGCGGGGACCCGCCCUACAAGAUCCGCUACAUGGGGAUCUUCCUGGUCAUCGAGACCCGCGGGAUGGCCGUGUCCUGGGACCGGAAGACCAGCGUGUUCAUCCGACUGCACCAGGACUACAAGGGCAGGGUCUGCGGCCUGUGCGGGAACUUCGAUGACCAUGCCAUGAAUGACUUUGCCACGCGUAGCCGGUCCGUGGUGGGGGACGCGCUGGAGUUUGGGAACAGUUGGAAGCUCUCCCCGUCCUGCCCGGAUGCCCUGGCGCCGAAGGACCCCUGCACGGCCAAUCCCUUCCGCAAGUCCUGGGCCCAGAAGCAGUGCAGCAUCCUCCACGGCCCCACCUUCGCCGCCUGCCGCUCCCAGGUUGACUCCACCAAGUACUACGAGGCCUGCGUGAACGACGCGUGUGCCUGUGACUCGGGUGGUGACUGCGAGUGUUUCUGCACGGCUGUGGCUGCCUACGCCCAGGCUUGCCACGACGCGGGCCUGUGUGUGUCCUGGCGGACUCCAGACACCUGCCCUUUGUUCUGUGACUUCUACAACCCACACGGGGGCUGUGAGUGGCACUACCAGCCCUGUGGGGCACCCUGCCUAAAAACCUGCCGGAACCCCAGUGGGCACUGCCUGGUGGACCUGCCUGGCCUGGAAGGCUGCUACCCGAAGUGCCCACCCAGCCAGCCCUUCUUCAAUGAGGACCAGAUGAAGUGCGUGGCCCAGUGUGGCUGCUACGACAGGGAUGGAAACUACUAUGACGUUGGCGCAAGAGUCCCCACAGCGGAGAACUGCCAGAGCUGUAACUGCACGCCCAGUGGCAUCCAGUGCGCUCACAGCCUUGAGGCCUGCACCUGCACCUAUGAGGACAGGACCUAUGGCUACCAGGACGUCAUCUACAACACCACCGAUGGGCUUGGUGCCUGUUUGAUUGCCAUCUGUGGAAGCAACGGCACCAUCGUCAGGAAGGCUGUGGCGUGUCCUGGAACUCCGGCCACAACGCCAUUCACCUUCACCACUAGCUGGGUCCCCCACUCCACGACAAGCCCGGCCCUCCCAGUCUCCACUGUGUGUGUCCGAGAGGUCUGCCGCUGGUCCAGCUGGUACAAUGGGCACCACCCAGAGCCUGGUCUGGGAGGCGGAGACUUUGAGACGUUUGAAAACCUGAGGCAGAGAGGGUACCAGGUGUGCCCUGUGCCAGCCGACAUCGAGUGCCGGGCAGGGCAGCUUCCCGACAUGUCACUGGGAGAGCUGGGCCAGCAGGUGGACUGUGACCGCGUGAGGGGGCUGAUGUGCGCCAACAGCCAGCAGAGCCCCCCGCUCUGUCACGACUAUGAGCUGCGGGUUCUCUGCUGUGAAUACGUGCCCUGUGGCCCCUCCCUGGCCCCAGGCACCAGCCCCCAGCCCUCCCUCAGUGCCAGCACGGAGCCUGCUGUGCCUACCCCUACCCAGACCACAGCAACCGAAAAGACCACCCUGUGGGUGAUCCCGAGCAUCCAGUCAACAGCGGCCCUCACCUCACAGACUGGGUCCAGCUCAGGCCCCACGACGGUCACCUCCCUGGCCCCAGGUACCACCACCUGCCAGCCCCGGUGUCAGUGGACAGAGUGGUUUGAUGAGGACUACCCCAAGUCUGAACAACUUGGAGGGGACAUUGAGUCCUACGAUAAGAUCAGGGCUGCAGGAGGGCACUUAUGUGAGCAGCCUAAGGACAUAGAGUGCCAGGCCGAGAGCUUCCCCAACUGGCCCCUGGCUCAGGUGGGGCAGAAGGUGCACUGUGACGUCCGCUUCGGCCUGGUGUGCAGGAACUGGGAGCAGGAGGGCAUAUUCAAGAUGUGCUACAACUACAGGAUCCGGGUCCUGUGCUGCAGUGCCGACCACUGCGGGGGACGAGCCACGACCCCACCACCGGCCACAUCGCUGGAGACAGCCACCACCACCACCACCAGCACCCAGGUCCUGUUCUCAACGCUGCAGUCAACGAGUAGCCUGGGGGUGACCAGCACCACAGCAGUCCCCACCCUCUCAAAAGGACUGACAUCCCCCAGAUACACGGGCACCCUUGGUACAGCCACCACAGGAGGCCCCACGGUUCCUGCAGGCUCCACAGAACCCACUGUCCCAGGGGUGGCCACAUCCAGCAUUCCAACACGCUCAGUCCUGCCAGGGACCACGGGGAGUUCGGGCACAUGGCAUCCCUCACAGCCACCCACGCCAGCCCCAACGACAAUGGCAACCUCCAGAGCUCACCUGACAGGCACAACCAGCUCCAGCUCCAAACAGCCGCUGACCACGAGCCUGGCGCCGACACUCUCGAGCGAACUGUUCACCUCUCAGGCCAAGACCAGCACCCCCAGGACAGAGACGACACUGAGCCGCUUGACUGAGACCACCACUAGCCAGAGCACUACCCGCUGUCAACCGAAGUGUGAGUGGACAGAGUGGUUUGAUGUGGACUUCCCAACCUCAGGGGUCGCAGGCGGGGACAUGGAAACUUUUGAAAACAUCAGGGCUGCUGGCGGCAAGAUGUGCUGGGCACCAAAGAGCAUAGAGUGCCGGGCGGAGAACUACCCCGAGGUAAGCAUUGACCAGAUCGGGCAGGUGCUGACCUGCAGCCUGGAGACGGGGCUGAUCUGCAAGAAUGAGGACCAGACAGGCAGGUUCAACAUGUGCUUCAACUACAAUGUGCGUGUGCUGUGCUGUGACGACUACAGCCACUGCCCCCACACAGCCGCCCCCACGCCCACCUCCUCCACACAGGCACCCAGACUUACCUCCAUGGGGGCCACCAGCCCCACAGUGACUGCCUCCACAGCCAUUGCAACCUGGAGCACGAAGUCACCAGCAGUAACAGGAUCCUCCACUCUGACCACCACUCAAAUUGGCCCCAGCUUCUCCAAGACCACAGAGAGGGUGUCUCUCCCCAGUCCCUCUGCCCCUCCACCUUCCACCGCCAGCCUCCUCCCUACCAGGGGGCAGCAGACCUCCCAGGCUCCAUCCAUGCCCACCAGUCCAAUUGUGACCAGCACCCCCACAACGUCCCCCAUGGUGACCACCCGUGUGCACACAACCCUGCAGACUUCCAGCUCUGGGCCCACCAUCAGGACAACCCUGCCCUCUGGCCCCCCGUCUCCCAGCACAGGCUGUGUGCCUCGCUGCACCUGGACAGACUGGUUUGAUGAGGACUACCCCAGCUCUGACCCUGAUGGCGGGGACUUUGAGACCUUUGGGGUCAUCCGCUCUGCUGGCCAUACCUUCUGCGAGCAUCCAUGGGACAUUGAGUGCCGCUCUGAGAAGGAGCCCAACCAACCCCUGGAGGCCCUGGGGCAGGUGGUACAGUGUGACGUGAGCAUUGGGCUGGUGUGUAGGAACCGUGACCAGUCUGGGCCCCUGUGGUACUGCCACAACUUCCAUGUGCGGCUGUUGUGCUGUGAUGACAGCCACUGUGCCACCACUCCCACGAGCACUGGAUCCAUGGCUACCACUCCCAUGAGCACUGGAUCCACGGCUACCACUCCCACGAGCACCGGAUCCAUAGCUACCACUCCCAUGAGCACUGGAUCCACGGCUACCACUCCCACGAGCACUGGAUCCACAGUUACCGUACCCAUGAGCACCGGUUCCACGGCUGCCACACCCAGGAGCACUGGAUCCAUGGCUACCACUCCCACGAGCACCGGAUCCAUAGCUACCACUCCCAUGAGCACUGGAUCCACGGCUACCACUCCCACGAGCACUGGAUCCACAGUUACCGUACCCAUGAGCACCGGUUCCACGGCUGCCACACCCAGGAGCACAGGUGCCACAGCCAGGCGCUCCUCCACCCCAGGAACAGCUCACACUGUGAAAGUGCUGACCACCACAGCCAUCACAACCCAGGCCACCAGCUCCACAGCCACCCCCUCCUCCACUCCAGGGACAACUCCCAUCUCUCCAGUGCUGACCACCAUGGCCACCACACCUACAGCCACCAGCACCACAGUGGCUCCCUCCUCUGCCCUAGGGACCACCCAUACACCCCCAGUGCUGUCCACCACGGCCACCACACAUGGGCGAUCCCAGCUCCCCGAGAGUCCCCGCACGGUACCCACAGCCCGGACUUCCAUGGCCACCUCUGGCACCACCCACAUCACAGAGUCAUCCACGGUGACUUCCCACACCCCAGUAGGAACCACCGGUACCACCCCACACUCGACUCCAGCCCUGUCCAGCCCUCACACUCACAGCAGAACCACUGAGUCACCCCCUUCUCCAGGGAAGACCACCCUGGGCCUCACCACAGCCACAACCAGUGAGACCCGCACCUCGACCCUGCUGCCCAGCAGCCCCACAGCAGCCCCCACAACCCCGGUGGUGUCCACGGGCUGUGAGCCCCAGUGUGCCUGGUCAGACUGGCUGGACUACAGCUACCCCAUGUCGGGGCCCUCUGGCGGGGACUUGGAGACCUACUCCAACAUCCGCGCGGCUGGAGGGGCCGUCUGUGAGCAGCCCCUGGGCCUCGAGUGCCGCGCCCAGGCCCAGCCUGGUGUCCCCCUGCGGGAGUUGGGCCAGGUCGUGGAAUGCAGCCUGGACUUCGGCUUGGUCUGCAAGAACCGUCAGCAGGUGGGGAAGUUCAAGAUGUGCUUCAACUAUGAAAUCCGUGUGUUCUGCUGCAACUACGGCCGCUGCCCCAGCACCCCGGCCACCAGCUCCACGGCCACGCCCUCCUCCACUCCGGGGACCACCUGGAUCCUCACAGAGCCAACCACUACAGCCAUCACAACAGUGGCCACGGGCUCCACUGCCAUCCCUUCCUCCACUCCGGGGACCACCUGGAUCCUCACAGAGCCAACCACUACAGCCAUCACAACAGUGGCCACGGGCUCCACUGCCAUCCCUUCCUCCACCCCAGGGACUACUCAAAUCACCAAAGUGUUUCCCACCACAACUGCAACAACUGAAGCCACUGGCUCCACGGCCAACCCCUCCUCCACCCCAGGGACCACCGGCUCCACAGCCACCUCCUCCUCCACUCCUGGGACCACCUGGAUCCUCACAGAACCAACCACAACGUUGACCACGACUGUGGCCACUGGCUCCACAGCAACUGCUGCCACCUCAGAAUUGCCGACCACCAUGGCCACGAAAACCACAGCCACUGGCUCCAAAGCCACUCCCUCCACCAGUCCAGGGACUGCAUCCACCCUUCCAGUUGUGCUGACAAGCACAGCCACCACACCCACAGCUACCAGCUUUACAGCCAUCCCGUCCUCCUCCCCCAGGACCACUUGGAACCUCACAGCACAGACCACCGCACCAACGGCCACCCUGUCCACAGCCCACGCCUCCUCCACUCCAAGGACCUCCCACACCUCCACAACGCUAACCACCACGGCCACCACAACCCAGGCCACUGGCUCCACGGCCACCCUCCUCACCUCAGGAACAGCUCACACCUCUAAAGUGCUGACCACCAUGGCCAUCACCACAAGCUCCACGGCCACCCCCUCCUCCAGCCCAGGGACUGCAAGCACCCUUACGGCACUUACCACAACCACCACACCCACAACCAGCGGCUACACAGUGACCCCCUCCUCCAUCCCAGGGACCACCCACACCCCCACAGUGCUGACCAACACCACCAUAACUGUGGCCACUGGCUCCAUGGCAACACCCUCCUCUAGCCCACAGACCACUGGUACAGCCCCAGCACUGGCCACCACGGGCACGACAAUCACGGCCACAGGCUCCACCACCACCCCCUCCUCCACUCCAGGGACAACUCCCAUCUCUCCAGUGCUGACCACCAUGGCCACCACACCUGCAGCUACCAGCACCACAGUGGCUCCCUCCUCUGCCCUAGGGACCACCUAUACACCCCCAGUGCUGUCCACCACGGCCACCACACAUGGGCGAUCCCAGCUCCCCGAGAGUCCCCGCACGGUACCCACAGCCCGGACUUCCAUGGCCACCUCGGGCACCACCCACAUCACAGAGUCAUCCAUGGUGACUUCCCACACCCCAGUAGGAACCACUGGUACCACCCCACACUCGACUCCAGCCCUGUCCAGCCCUCACACUCACAGCAGAACCACUGAGUCACCCCCUUCUCCAGGGAAGACCACCCCGGGCCUCACCACGGCCACCUCCAGGACCACGGCCACGGCCACAACCAGCAAGACCCGCACCUCGACCCUGCUUCCCAGCAGCCCCACAGCAGCCCCCACAACCCCGGUGGUGUCCACGGGCUGUGAGCCCCAGUGUGCCUGGUCAGACUGGCUGGACUACAGCUACCCCACGUCGGGGCCCUCUGGCGGGGACUUGGAGACCUACUCCAACAUCCGCGCGGCUGGAGGGGCCGUCUGUGAGCAGCCCCUUGGCCUCGAGUGCCGCGCCCAGGCCCAGCCUGGUGUCCCCCUGCGGGAGUUGGGCCAGGUCGUGGAAUGCAGCCUGGGCUUCGGCUUGGUCUGCAGGAACCGUCAGCAGGUGGGGAAGUUCAAGAUGUGCUUCAACUAUGAAAUCCGUGUGUUCUGCUGCAACUACGGCCACUGCCCCAGCACCCCGGCCACCAGCUCCACGGCCACGCCCUCCUCCACUCUGGGGUCAACCUGGAUUCUCACAGAGCCAACCACUACAGCCAUCACAACAGUGGCCACGGGCUCCACGACCAUCCCCUCCUCCACUCCGGGGACCACCUGGAUCCUCACAGAGCCAACCACUACAGCCAUCACAACAGUGGUCACGGGCUCCACAGCCAUCCCCUCCUCUACUCCAGGGACUACUCAAAUCACUGAAGUUUUUCCCACCACAACCGCAAUGACUGCAGCCACUGGCUCCACGGCCAACCCCUCCUCCACCCCAGGAACCACCUGGAUCCUCACAGAGCCAACCACCACUGCCACCAUAACUGUGGCCACUGGCUCCAAGGCCACGCCCUCUUCCACUCCAGCAUCAACCUGGAUUCUCACAGAGCCGACCACUACAGCCAUCACAACAGUGGCCACGGGCUCCAUGGCCACGCCUUCCUCCACUCAGGGGACGACCGGGAGCCUCACAGAACCAACCAACACUGCCACCAUAACUGUGACCACCAGCUCCACAGCCAUGCCCUCCUCCACUCCAGGGAUGACCUCAAUCCUCACAGAGCCGACCACUACAGCCAUUACAACAGUGGCCACGGGCUCCACGGCCACACCCCCCUUCACUCCGAGGACGGCCAGGAUCGUCACAGAGCCAACCACCACUGCCACCAUAACUGUGGCCACUGGCUCCACGGCCAUCCCCUCCUCCACUCCAGGGAUGACCUCCAUCCUCACAGAGCCGACCACUACAGCCAUCACAACAGUGGCCACGGGGUCCACCGCCACACCCUCCUCCACUCCAGAGACGACCGAGAUCCUCACAGAGGCAACCACCACUGCCACCAUAACUGUGGCCACCAGCUCCACAGCCAUGCCCUCCUCCACUCCAGGGACGACCUUGAUCCUCACAGAGCCGACCACUAUAGCCAUCACAACAGUGGCCCCGGGCUCCACAGCCACGCCCUCCUCCACUCCGGGGACGACUGGGAUCCUCGCAGAGCCAACCACCACUGCCACCAUAACUGUGGCCACGGGCUCCACGGCCAUCCCCUCCUCCACUCCAGGGAUGACCUCAAUCCUCACAGAGCCAACCACUACAGCCAUCACAACAGUGGCCACGGGCUCCACGGCCAUGCCUCCUACUCUGGGGACGACUGGGAUCCUCACAGAGCCCACCACUACAGCCAUCACAACAGUGGCCAUGGGCUCCACGGCCACGCCCACCUCCACUCCGGGGAUGACCGGGAUCCUCACAGAGCCAACCACUACAACCAUCGCAACAGUGGCCACGAGGUCCACGGCCACGCCUUCCUCCACUCUGGGGAUGACCUCGAUCCUCACAGAGCCAACCACUACAGCCAUCACAACAGUGGCCACGGGCUCCACGGCCACGCCUCCUACUCUGGGGACGACUGGGAUCCUCACAGAGCCCACCAGUACAGCCAUCACAACAGUGGCCACGGGCUCCACAGCCACGCCCACCUCCACUCCGGGGACGACCAGGAUCCUCACAGAGCCAACCACUACAACCAUCACAACAUGUGGCCACCAGCUCCACAGCCAUGCCCUCCUCCACUCCAGCGUCAACCUGGAUCCUCACAGAGCCGACCACUACAGCCAUCACAACAGUGACCAUGGGCUCCACGGCCACGCCCUCCUCCACUCCGGGGACGACCGGGAUCCUCACAGAGCCAACCACUACAACCGUCACAACAGUGGCCACGAAGUCCACAGCCACGCCCUCCUCCACUCCAGGGAAGACCUCAAUCCUCACAGAGCUGACCACUACAGCCAUCACAACAGUGACCAUGGGCUCCACAGCCACGCCCUCCUCCACUCCAGGGACGACCUUGAUCCUCACAGAGCCGACCACUAUAGCCAUCACAACAGUGGCCCCGGGAUCCUCACAGAGCCGACCACUACAGCCAUCACAACAGUGACCACGGGCUCCACGGCCACGCCCUCCUCCACUCAGGGGACGACUGGGAUCCUCACAGAGCCAACCACUACAACCGUCACAACAGUGGCCACGAAGUCCACGGCCACGCCCUCCUCCACUCCAGGGAAGACCUCAAUCCUCACAGAGCUGACCACUACAGCCAUCACAACAAUGGCCACGGGCUCCACGGCCACACCUUCCACUCCGGGGACGACUGGGAUCUUCACAGAGCCGACCACUACAGCCAUCACAACAGUGACCAUGGGCUCCACAGCCACGCCCUCCUCCACUCCGGGGAUGACCGGGAUCCUCACAGAGCCAACCACUACAAUCAUCACAACAGUGGCCAUGAGGUCCACGGCCAUGCCUUCCUCCACUCCGGGGACGACCGGGAUCCUCACAGAGCCAACCACUACAGCCAUCACAACAGUGGCCACGAGCUCCACAGCCAUGCCCUCCUCCACUCUGGGGACGACCAGGAUCCGCACAGAACCAGCCACCACUGCUACCAUAACUGUGGCCACCAGCUCCACAGCCAUGCCCUCCUCCACUCCAGCGUCGACCUGGAUCCUCACAGAGCCGACCACUACAGCCAUCACAACAGUGGCCACAGGCUCCACAGCCCUGCCCUCUUCCACUCCGGGGACGACUGGAUUCCUCACAGAGCCAACCACCACUGCCACCAUAACUGUGGCCACGGGCUCCACGGCCACGCCCUCCUCCACUCAGGGGACGACCGGGAUCGUCACAGAGCCAACCACUACAGCCAUCACAACAGUGACCACGGGCUCCACGGCCACGCCCUCCUCCACUCCAGGGAAGACCUCAAUCCUCACAGAGCUGACCACUACAGCCAUCACGACAGUGGCCACGGGCUCCACGGCCACACCUUCCACUCCGGGGACAACCAGGAUCCUCACAGAGCCGACCACUACAGCCAUCACAACAGUGGCCACGGGCUCCACAGCCACACCCUCCUUCACUCCAGGGACGACUGGGAUCCUCACAGAGCCGACCACUACAGCCAUCACAACAGUGGCCACGGGCUCCACGGUCACACCUUCCACUCCGGGGACAACCAGGAUCCUCACAGAGCCAACCACUACAGCCAUCACAACAGUGGCCAUGGGCUCCACAGCCACACCCUCCUUCACUCCAGGGACGACCGGGAUCCUCACAGAGCCGACCACUACAACCAUUACAACAGUGGCCACCAGCUCCACGGCCACGCCCUCCUCCACUCUGGGGACGACCGGGAUCCUCACAGAGCCGACCACUACAGCCAUCACAACAGUGGCCACAGGCUCCACGGCCAUACCCUCCUCUACUCUGGGAACGACUGGGAUCCACACAGAACCAACCACCACUGCCACCAUAAGUGUGGCCACCAGCUCCACAGCCACGCCCUCCUCCCCUCCGGCGUCAACUUGGUUCCUCACAGAGCCGACCACUACAGCCAUCACAACCAUGGCCUCGGGCUCCACAGCCACCCUGACCUCCACCCCGGGAACAACGUACCCUCCCAAAGUGUUGACCAUCACAGCCACCACACCCACAGCCACCAGCUCCAAAGCAACCCCCUCCUCCACUCCGGGGACGACCUGGAUCCUCACAGAGCCGACCACUCUAGCCACCCCGACUGAGGCCACUGGCUCCACAGCCACCAUACCCACAGCGCCCAGCUCCUCAGCCACCCCUUUCUCCAGCCCAGGGACUGCAGGCACCCUUCCAGUGCAGACCACUACAGCAACCACAACCAUGGCCACUAGGUCUACUGCCAUCCCCUCCUCCACUGUGGGAACAGCUGGCACCCCCAAAGUGCUGACCACCAUGGCCACCAGGCCCACAGCCACUGGCUCCACGGUUCCCAGCUCGUCCACCCUGGGGACCACCCACACCCCCGCAGUGCGCCCCAGCAGCCUGCCAGCCUUCAGCGUGUCCACUGUGUCCUCCUCAGUCCUCACCACCCUCAGACCCACUCACUUCCCCAGCUCCCACUUCUCUACUCCCUGCUUCUGCAGGGCAUUUGGACAGUUCUUCUCACCUGGGGAAGUAAUCUACAAUAGGACAGACCGAGCCGGCUGCCAAUUCUAUGCUGUGUGCAACCAGCACUGUGACCUCGACCGCUUCCAGGGCACCUGCCCCACCUCCCCACCACCAGCGUCCUCCACCCUGCUGCCCUCGCCCUCCCCUGCCCCUGGCUGUGACAAUGCCAUCCCUCCCCGGCAGGUGAAUGAGACCUGGAUCCUGGAGAACUGCACGGUGGCCAGGUGCGUGGGUGACAACCGUGUCGCCCUGCUGGACCCAAAGCCCGUGGCCAAUGUCACCUGUGUGAACAAGCACCUGCCCAUCAAAGUAUCGGACCCGAGCCAGCCCUGUGACUUCCACUAUGAGUGCGAGUGCAUCUGCAGUGUGUGGGGCAGUUCCCACUAUUCCACCUUUGACGGCACCUCUUACACCUUUGAGGGCAACUGCACCUAUGUCCUCAUGAGAGAGAUCCACGCACGCCUUGGGAAUCUCAGCCUCUACUUGGACAACCACUACUGCACGGCCUCUGCCGCUGCCGCCAGCUGCUCCCGCGCCCUCAGCAUCCACUACAAGUCCAUGGAUAUCGUCCUCACCGUCACCACGGUGCAUGGGAAGGAGGAGGACCUGAUCCUGUUUGACCAAAUUCCGGUGAGCAGCGGUUUCAGCAAGAAUGGCGUGCUUGUGUCUGUGACGGGGACCACCACCAUGCGCGUGGACAUUCCUGCCCUGGGUGUGAGCGUCACCUUCGAUGGCCACAUCUUCCAGGCCCGGCUGCCCUACAGCCUCUUCCACAACAACACCGAGGGCCAGUGCGGCACCUGCACCAACAACCAGAGGGACGACUGUCUCCAGCGGGACGGAACCACUGCCACCAGCUGUAAGGACAUGGCCAAGACUUGGUUGGUCCCUGACAGCAGAAAGGACGGCUGCUGGGCCCCGACCGGCACGCCCCCCACUGCCAGUCCCCCGGCCCCGGUGUCUAGUGCACCCACCCCCAGCCCGUGCCCGCCGCAGCCGCUCUGUGAUCUGAUGCUGAGCCAGGUCUUUGCCGAGUGCCACGACCUUGUGCCCCCGGGCCCAUUCUUCAAUGCCUGCAUCAGCGACGGCUGCCAGGGCCGCCCCGAGGUGCCCUGCCAGAGCCUGGAGGCCUACGCAGCGCUCUGCCGCGCCCGGGGAGUGUGCAGUGACUGGCGAGGUGCAACCGGCGGCCUGUGCGAUCUCACCUGCCCACCCACCAAAGUGUACAAGCCGUGCGGCCCCAUACAGCCUGCCUCCUGCAACUCCAGGAACCAGAACCCACAACUGGAGGGGCUGGCGGAGGGCUGCUUCUGCCCCGGGGACCAGAUCCUCUUCAGCGCACACACGGGCACCUGCGUGCAGGACUGCCCCUGCGUGGGACCUGAUGGGCUUCCCAAAUCUCCCGGGCAGCAGUGGAUCAGCAACUGCCAGUCCUGCGUGUGUGAUGAGGGCUCAAUGUCAGUGCAGUGCAAGCCCCUGCCCUGUGAGGCCCAGGGUCCCCCCCCACCGUGCAGCCACCCCAGCUUCGUGACCGUGACCAGGCCACGGGCCGACAACCCCUGUUGCCCUGAGACCGUGUGCGUAUGCAACACAAGCACCUGCCACCAGAGCCCACCCGUGUGCCCGCCAGGGCAGGAGCUGAUCAGCACCCAGAAGGAGGGCGACUGCUGUCCCACCCUCCUCUGCAGACCUCAGCUGUGUUCCUACAAUGGCAUCUUCUAUGGGGUUGGUGCAAUCUUCCCAGGGGCCCUUCCCUGCCACACGUGUACCUGCCUCUCUGGGGACACCCAGGACCCAACGGUGCAAUGUCGGGAGGACGCCUGUCGCAAUACUACCUGCCCCCAGGGCUUUGAGUACAAGAGAGUGGCCGGGCAGUGCUGUGGGAAGUGCGUGCAGACCGCCUGCCUCACGCCCAAUGGUCCGCCAGUCCAGCUGAACGAAACCUGGAUCAAUAGCCGUGUGGACAACUGCACCGUGUACCACUGUGAGGUCGAGAGCGGAGUCUAUUUGCUGACCCCACAGCCUGCAUCCUGCCCAGAAGUGUCCAGCUGCAGGGGGAGCCUCAGGAAAACCGGCUGCUGCUACUUCUGUGAGGAGGACUCCUGUCAGGUCCGCGUCAACACGACCGUCCUGUGGCACCGGGGCUGCAAGACCGAGGUCAACAUCACCUUCUGUGAGGGCUCCUGCCCUGGAGAGUCCAGGUACUCGGCAGAGGCCCAGGCCAUGCAGCACCAGUGCACCUGCUGCCAGGAGAGGCGGGUCCACGAGGAGACGGUGCCCUUGCGCUGUCCUGACGGCUCGAUUGUCCUGCACACCUACAACCGUGUGGAUGAGUGUGGCUGCACGCCCUUCUGUGUCCCUGCGCCCAUGGCUCCCAUAUACCCCCCCGGCUUCCUGGCCCAGGAGGCCACUGCCGUCUGAGGAUAUUCUGCCUCCAUCCCCAUUCUCUGUCCACCUGGAGCCAGGACGUGCAUUGCCCGAUCAUGAAAACCUUGGGCCUGCUCUGCGGAGCCCCCCGGCCUCUGUGUGUGGCACCCCGUGCCUCUGUGCUCCUGCUGCCCACCCUGUGGGUGAAACCGGGCCCCGGAAGGGUGAAGGGCCAGCAGGACCCCUUUCAGGAGGGCACCGCUCAGGAGUCCUGUCCUGGGAGAGCCUGUGGCCCACCUUGGCCUUGCCCCUCCUUGAUGUCACUGGGAUGCCCCGGAACAAGCUAAGCAUGUGCGGGCCUGUGUGUCCCUGCCAUGGCCAGAGUCCCCAUGCAGCACGGAUUCCGGCUGGCCACAUCCGGCCACUGGGGCACAGACAGGCUGGUCCAGGCAAGGCCGGGUGCUGCCAGGAAGCUGCGCUAGACCUGCCCGCUGCAGGGUACCUUGGGGCUGAGGUCACAACAGCCAGGUCAGAGAGAGGUUGGCAUCCCAAAGCCCCCUCUGCUCAACCCAGCCCAGUUUUGCAAAUAAACGCUGAGCAUCGAGUA